AUGGACGGGACAACUAAGACCGAAGAAACGACAAUAUUUGUCUUCGGUGGGCAUGUAUUGUCACAGACCAAGCGAACACUAGACAAGCUCGUGCGGGCACUGGUGGAUGGCCCAAAUUCAAAGUGGAUCAAUGACACGGUGGCUGAGCUUCCGGGCUACUGGGACAUUAUGGCCAGUGAGAUAUCCGAGGUUGGCAGCACGAUUCCAGGCAGCCAGCACCUUGCCGACCUCGGUUCGUGGCUUAAGCAUCUCGACCGCAGCUCGGACCAGGCUGGGCAAGACGAGAGCAUGCCCAACAUAGUGGUUGGCCCGCUGUUGGUGGCCAUCCAACUCGACCAGUACUGGCGCUACCUUCAACAUGACAGAUCCAGCAAAGGCUUGUCAUGCCAGGAAGACCUGCAAGCCGAGCUGGUGGCCCGGCAGAAGGAGCAGAAGGAGCAACGCUCGUCACGUGGCCCUAGAGUCGAGGUGCUAGGGUUUUGCGUGGGCCUACUCGGGGCCGUAGCCGUGGCGAGCUCAUCCAAUCGGCAGGAAUUCGAGAAGUAUGGAGCCGUGGCGAUGCGCUUAGCCAUGCUGAUCGGGGCCAUGAUCGACGCGCGGGAGGCGUGGGACAAGGGCCUCGGCAAGGGAAAGUCAGUGUCGUACGCGACCGCGUGGCGCGAUGGGAAGCAACACGAGGACCUAACCCGUAUCGUCUCGUCGCUGUUUCCCGAGGCGUAUAUCUCUGUGUUGUUUGACAAGGCCCGGGCGACGGUGACGACCUCGGAGCGCACGGCACCCUCGCUUGUGCGCCAACUCCGGGGGGCAGGGCUCACGGUGGCCGAGAUUGGCAUCGAGGGCCACAUCCACGCGCCCGGGCCGGAGCGGAAGCGCCACACCAACUCCCUGGUCGAGCUGUGCUGUCGGAGCCCGGGACUGCAGUUUCCAGAGGCGGCGUUGAUGGCACUGCCGACGUAUGAUAACCACGGCGACGGGGUCCCCAUCUCGUUGGACCGUGGCGAUAUGACCAAGGUGGUCUUGAGCUCGAUUCUGAUGCUUCAGUGCAACUGGUACGGUACAUUGUCUACGAUUGUCGUGGACAAGGCCGAGGCGCGAUUGGUGGCUUUCGGACUGGAUCGUUGCAUCCCGCCCACAUUGGCGCGCCGUCUUGGCUCGAGACAGCAGCAUUGGGAGGACAUUGAGAAGAGUACUGCUCCCGGUAUCCCUCAUGUGCGUCAUCUGAAUAUGGAGGUGCAGCAGCACCAGCAUCAGCAGCGAUCGCUUCCAGGCGAACCUCAGCCGACUGGAGCACAUCCUGCUACCAAUGGCACUUCGCGGUCCACAGUCAAUCCAGACGAGCCUCGGCCGACCGCACAGCCUUCUAAUGGUACUUCAAGAUCCACAAUCACCGCAACCUCGAAUUAUCCUGACCUCAAAAUGGACAGAAUCGCGGUAGUAGGCAUGUCAAUCAAGGUCGCUGGUGCGGACGACCUGGAUGAGUUCGUGGACAUGCUCAAGAUGGGCCACUCGCAGCAUGAGCUCAUCACGCGCGACAGGCUCCAGCACGAAAUCCUGCACCGGGAGAACGCAGAUGCCAAUCCAGACCGCAGGUUCUACGCCAACUUCGUGCGAAACUCGGAUGCCUUUGACCACAAGUUCUUCAAGAAGAGCCCGCGUGAGUCCCAGGCCAUGGAUCCACAGAGCCGGCUCUGUCUCGAGGGUGCCUACCAGGCAGUUGAGCAGUCGGGGUACUUUGGAGAAAGCAUAACCACCGCUGGGGGCUCUGCCCGGGACAAAUGGAACGUCGGGGUGUACCUGGGCAACUGCGGCGUCGAUUAUGAACACAAUAUAGCUUGCCACCCGCCCACACCCUUCACAGCGACCGGGGGGCUUAAAAGCUUCAUCGUGGGGCGGCUGUCGCACUAUUUCGGCUGGACUGGCCCCUCUAUAACCAUUGAUACAGCGUGCUCAUCCUCAACAGUAGCCAUCGACAUGGCAUGCCGUAACCUACUUUCAGGCGAGUGCACUGCGGCGCUGUGCGGUGGUGUUAAUAUCAUCACCAACAUGCUAUGGAUGCAGAACCUUGCUGCGGGCAGCUUUAUUAGCCACACGGGCCAAUGCAAGCCGUUUGAUGAUGAGGCCGACGGUUACUGUCGAGCCGAGGGCAUGGCCUUUGUUUUUCUCAAAAAGAUGGCAGAUGCCGUCGCCGAUGGCAACCCGAUUCUAGCAACUAUCCCCGCAACGGCCGUAUAUCAAAACCUGAACAUUACUCCACUGUUUGUCCCUAACGAGCCCUCCCUCUCGUUUCUAUUCAGAGAUGUCAUACGGCAGGCCAAUUUAACGGCCAGGGACAUCUCGCUGGUCGAGGCGCAUGGGACUGGCACACCUGUGGGGGACCCAGCUGAAUAUGACAGCAUUCGCUCGGCCAUAGGUGGACCCAUUCGUGACAAGCCGCUGCCAUUCGGCUCAGUCAAAGGUCAUGUCGGACACACCGAAGGAGCAUCAGGAAUCAUCGCGCUGGUCAAGGUGAUCAUGAUGAUGCGCCACAGCUUUAUUCCAGCCCAGGCAAGCUUCAAAACGCUCAACAGUGCAAUCAAGGCACACCCAGACGACAUGAUGGAGAUUGUGACGUCGCUGCGGCCCUGGUUUGACAAUUGCAAGAUCGCCCUUAUCAACAACUAUGGCGCCUGCGGGUCUAACGCAAGCAUGGUGGUAAUGCAGCCACCCUCAAAUUUGGCAGGCAGAAGACCGGAGCAUACGAUUCAAGCCGACGGAUCAUGGUCGAGGCUGCCUUUAUGGAUCACGGGUCUGGAUGUGAGAAGUAUUGCUGCGUACAGCGCCAAAUUGGCAUCGUGGCUGCAGCUGCGUGGUGGCGACCAUGAGGCCACGCUGGCGGACUUGUCGUUCACAAUGAGCCGGCAGUCGAACCGGGCCCUACCUCAGGGGCUUGUCUUUAGCUGUGAUUCUCUGACGGAUCUAAAGCACAAGCUGCUGCAGACGGCAUCCGCCACGAAGGAGACCGCUGAAUCCAUAGGGAUCGUGGCCACCAAGGCCGGACGCCCCGUCGUUCUGUGCUUCGGCGGCCAGGUGUCGACGUUUGUGGGGCUAGACCGCAGCCUCCAUGACAGGGUGGUCAUCUUGCGAUGGCACUUGGCCGAGUGUGAUGCCGCCAUCACGUCCGCCGGCCUGGGUCUGGGUAGCAUCUACCCGGAUAUAUUUUCACGGGAGCCCCAGCGGGACACGGUCAAGUUGCAACUUAUGCUCUUCGCUAUGCAAUAUGCUUGUGCCAAGUCCUGGAUGGACUGUGGCCUGCAAGGACAGGUUUCAGCCGUUGUAGGCCACAGUUUCGGUGAGAUUACGGCGCUCUGCAUUUCUGGCGUUCUGAGCCUUGCGGAUACCAUCAAGUUGGUGGCUGGUCGGGCCAGAUUGGUAUAUGAUGCUUGGGGUGCAGAUCCAGGCGCUAUGAUGGCAGUCGAGGCGGAUGCGACACUGGUACGGGCACUCUUGCAAGAGUCGAAUCGCCUGUCCGACGGCUCAGCCGCUGUUGCGUGCUACAACGGCCCUUCCAGCUUCACACUCGCCGGGUCGACCAAAGCCAUCGAAGUGACCGCCGAGGUGCUGGCUGUGGAUCCCAAGUUCUCAGGCAUCAAGUACAAGCAUCUCAAUGUCACAAAUGCUUUCCAUUCAGCCCUGGUGGAUCCGCUCGUGGGUGGACUCGGCGAUCUCGGCAAGAAGCUGAAGUUCUGCAAGCCUGCCAUCCACCUGGAGCACGCGACCGAGAGCAGUAUCGCCUCCGAGUUGGACUGCAACUUUGUGUCAUCGCACAUGCGCAAGCCGGUCUUCUUCGACCACGCCGUCCACCGGCUAGCCGAGCGGUACCCGCAAGCUAUCUUCCUCGAGGCCGGUUCAUCUUCGACCAUCACAGUCAUGGCGGCGCGUGCACUCGCUCAAGAUCAACUCUCCACGAGCCCGCCAUAUUUACACCACUUCCAGGCCAUUUCUAUCGUGAAUAGCAAGAAGAGCGGGUUGGACGCUUUAACCGAUGCCACAAUCAGUCUGUGGAGACAGGGAUUACGCGUCACAUUCUGGCCGCACCAUGCUAGGCAGGCGCAGGAGUAUGCCCAGCUGCUUCUGCCGCCUUACCAGUUCGACAAGUCGGGCCGCCACUGGCUCGAAAUGAAGUCGCCGAGCGUGGAGAUCAACAAGGCUGCGGAAGAAAUCGUGGCAGCCCGUGCUCUGGCGACAGACUACAAAGUCGUUCCAGAUCAACGAGAUCCCCGUCUCCUGGAUCUGUUUAGCUUCGUCGAAUAUCGUGACAAGAAAAGCAGGAAACCGCGAUUCCGCGUGAACACGGCAUCGGAAAAGUACCAGUACUAUUUCUCAGGCCAUAUCAUCGCCCAAACGGCGCCCAUUUGCCCGGCCACGCUGGAGAGCGACAUGGCCAUCGAGGCGCUCUUUAGCCUGCAUCCAGAGUGGAGGGCCGCCGGUCUCUCCCCUGUUGUCCGUGAUCUGGUCAACCACUCGCCCAUUUGUGCUAAUCACUCCCGCGUUGUCUACAUAGACAUGGACGCGCUUGACGAGGAAAAGGUGCAGUGGAGCUUGAAGAUGCUCAGCGUUAGCUCUUCUUUAGGAAACGACACACAGCUGCACGUCGAGGGGCGGCUGCACUUCCGCUCGCUUAGCGACCCAGCCUUCACCCAGGAGUUCGCGCAGUACCAGCGGCUCGUCAGCCACGCACGAUGCCAGGCGCUCUUAGGGCUCAAUGCACUGGCGAACGACCAAGCUGACGAUAUUGAUGUGCUGCGUGGGUCGCGGAAUGUGUACCGCGCCUUCGCCGACAUUGUUGACUACCCGGAGCUGUACCGCGGCGUCAGGACCGUGGUGGGCCACGGAAAUGAGAGCGCCGGGAUCGUGGCCAAGCGCCACCAAGGGCAGACCUGGCUGGACGUGCCCCUGAGCGAUUCGUUCAGCCAGGUCGGUGGCUUGUGGGUCAACCUGAUGACCAACGCGCCAGCCGGCGACAUGUACAUCGCCUCAGGGGCCGAGAUGUCGAUGCGCUCACCAGUGGUGCAGACGGUAACGGAUGGGCACGAGAACGGCCCCGCGCUGUGGCACGUCUUUGCGCAGCACCACCGCAGGUCCGACAGGGAAUUCACUACGGAUUUGUUUGUGUUUGAUGCCGCGACAGGGACCAUGCACGAGGUCAUGCUGGGUAUACAGUACUCCCGGGUGAGCAAGGAGUCCAUGAGCAGGAUGCUUAUGCGCUUGACGGCGGACGAGUCUGUUCUGCUGAAGGUGGCCAAACGGCAGAAUGCCUCAGCACCAGCUACCGCAGCCACCAAGAGUGUCAGUGCAAGUGCGAAUGAGAUCAUGGCAGCUGGUUAUCCCGUUUCAAGCGCUCGGCACGUGGCUGAUGGAGUCUCAUCCAAGCCUCCAAGGAAGAAACGCAGCACCAACGAGGAGAGACCACCACGGCCGACGGAUAUCACCGAUCAAGUACGCGAUCUGGUAGCGGCCGUAUCGGGAAUAGAUGCUACCGAAUUCACACUUGAUACGGAGAUGGCCGACCUGGGGAUCGACUCCCUUAUGGGCAUGGAACUGGCACGUGAAGUUGACAUUGUAUUCAAGUGCACCAUCGACCAGGCGGAGCAGAUGGAGGCCACGACCCUUCGCAAGUUUGUCGUUUGCGUGUCCAACGCUCUGGAGAGGGCCGGAAAUGGCGUCAAGAUGGGUAGCAAUACCGACGACGAGAGUGAUGAAGACGACGAAUCCUCUUCCUCAGCCGACGAAGGGGUUCCAAAGUCCAGAUCCCGCCUCGAAAAUGUGAGCACUGAUGUAUCCACUCCGGAAGACACGGAAAACCUGCCUCCCAACGGUAAGCCCGCCACUCCUAGCCCAAAAUCAGUGGUGGCAGUGGAGCCUAUUUGCGCCACCGUCAGCAACCUGACAUUGUCCCGAUCUGAUAUCCUGGAGUCCUUCCAUGAGGUCAAGAUGUUGACCGAUGAGCUCAUUCGCGCGCACCAUCUCGACACGCUUCACAAGACUGAAAUCGCAGGCAGCAACCGCCUCUGCGUCGCUCUCGUUGUCGAGGCGAUGGAAAAGCUUGGGAUGCCCCUGAGUAACUCUGCCCCGGGCCAGGAGCUCGAGCGCGUGGCAUUCCUCCCACAGCACCGCCGCCUCAUAGAGUGCGUCUACAGGUUCCUCGAGGAAGAUGCGCGGCUUAUCGACCACGACGUUGUCAGUGGACAGCUAUUGCGCUCGCACAUUGCGACGCCACGACAAUCAAGCCAGGAAAUACUCGAGGGACUGCUCGACGCACAACCUGGAUUUGCUGUGCCGAACCGGAUGACUUACUACGCCGGACAGAGCCUGGCCGACGUCAUGAGCGGCCAGACGGACGGGAUCCGUGUCAUCUUCGGCACGCCUGAAGGCCGCAGGCUUGUCCAGGCUAUGUAUUGCGAGCACACUUUCAACUAUAUGAAUUACUUGCAGAUGCGCGAUGUUAUCGGCCGUCUGGUGGACCGCAUUAAGAGAAGGAGGCCAGACGAGCAGGAGGCUCUUAAAAUCCUCGAGAUGGGCGCUGGCACAGGUGGGACCACAAUGGUCCUGGCCCCCUUUCUAGCAUCCUUAGCUAUUCCCGUCGAGUACACUUUCACUGAUCUCUCCCCAUCUAUGGUCGCAAACGCUCGGCGUUCAUUCGGCAAGGAAUACCCAUUUAUGCGGUUUGCAGUACAUGAUAUCGAGAACCCGCCAAGAGAUGAGCACAAGGGCCAGCAUAUCAUCCUGGCUAGUAACGCCGUCCACGCAACCCGCGAUUUAGUUAUAUCAGCGCGUAAUAUCCGUCAGGCUUUACGUCUAGACGGGUUUGUCAUGAUCCUGGAGAUGACUGAGGUGGUACCGUUCGUGGAUCUAGUCUUCGGCCUACUUGAGGGCUGGUGGCUGUUCGACGACGGGCGCAACCACGCUGUUGUUACUGCUGAGCACUGGGAGCGCGAGCUACACUCUGCGGGUUUUGGCCAUGUCGACUGGACCGACGGCAGCUUGCCCGAGAAUUCCUUCCAGAAAGUUAUCAUGGCCCUGGCUUCAGGACCGCCUGAAGCUGCUCGCUUGCCCAAGGAUGAUGGGGGAGCCACGGGGCCUGGAGAGGUGAGGAAUAUCAUAGGACUGGACAGCGGCGAUGUCAAAGCGCGCGAGGCUGAGGCCGAGGCUCUUGUGGCCCUCUAUACGAGUGGGUGGGCCACUCCAGAGCUAGACGCCGCCCGCAGCCAGUUAGUUGAUUCCGCGACCCGCGACAGUCCUGCCGUGGUCGUGGUCACAGGUGCCACCGGGAGUCUCGGUGCCCACAUCGUGCAAAGUCUCGUGGAGCACGAGGGCGUUGGAACGGUCGUUUGCGUCAAUCGUCCCAGCAGCAAGCCUGUUGAUGAACGGCAGGCUGACGCCUUCUCCUACCGCGGCAUCGAAUUGUACCCUUCCGCGCGAGCAAAGCUGCGCGUGCUCGAGGCCGACACCUCCAGGCCACAGCUUGGCCUGGCAUCUCAGGAGUAUAACUGGUUGCUAGAGAACGGCACCCACAUCAUUCACAACGCGUGGCCGAUGAGCGGCACCCGGCCCCUGAAGGCGUUCGAGCCACAGCUCCAGGCGCUGAGGAACCUACUCAGCCUGGCGGGGGGCAUGGCCCUCCGCCCCCGCAACAAAACCCGGAUCGGUUUUCAGUUCGUGUCUUCCAUCGGCGUCGUCGGGAACGUGGGCGUGCCGUGCGCCUUGGAGCAGCGAGUCCCCAUGUCGAGCGUGCUGCCGGGAGGUUACCCUGAGGCCAAGUGGGCCUGCGAGCGCAUGCUCUACGAGACGCUGCAUCAGUACCCAGAGCUGUUUCGCGUCUUCGUCGCGCGCCCCGGCCAGAUCGCGGGCUCGACCGCGAGUGGGUGCGCGCGUGUCAUGGUCGACCUCCUCAAGAUCGGAGACCCAAAGGCGGGUGCACAUUCCGUCUACCACAUCGAUAACCCCAUCGGCCAGCCGUGGAAAGCCAUGACGCCAGUGCUCGCUGCUGCUCUCGAUAUACCCCCACACAGUAUCAUUCCAUUCAAGGAAUGGAUUAAGCGCGUUCGCCGGUCACCCCUGUCGGCUGAUACCGACAACCCAGCUGCACGCCUGGUGGACUUUUUUGAAUUCCACUUCCAGCGCAUGUCUUGUGGGGGACUGAUCCUUGAUACACAACAUGCAAAGGAGCAUUCCGAGAUUAUGGCUAAGGAAGGGCCGGUCAGUGCUGAGAUAGCGAGGUCAUAUGUUGCUAAGUGGAAAGAGAUAGGCUUCUUGCAAACAUAG